AUAUUAUUAAUAUCCACAAUAACUUUAAUUAUUUUUUUAAUUACAAUCAUUGUAAUAAUAUUAGCUACAUUAUUAUCAAAAAAAACUUUAUUAGAUCGAGAAAAAUGUUCUCCAUUUGAAUGUGGAUUUGAUCCUAUAAAUUCUUCUCGACUACCUUUUUCUUUACGAUUUUUUUUAAUUGCAAUUAUUUUUUUAAUUUUUGAUGUAGAAAUUGCCUUAUUACUUCCUAUAAUUUUAAUUAUUAAAAUAUCUAAUUUAAUUAAUUGAACAAUUACUGCUUUAUUUUUUAUUUUUAUUUUAUUAAUUGGAUUAUAUCAUGAAUGAAAUCAAGGAGCAUUAGAAUGAAAUAAUUAA